GUUCAGUCCUCUAAUCGCUUCUGAUCGGGUUGUUCGAUUCCGUUCGAUUUGAGAAAAGGCUUUCCAUUUAUUUGACAACGGGUUUUUACGCCUUUGGUUUGUUUUCCUUUGUUUUUGGUAGUGGGAGGAAGCGCGUAGGUUCUGUGCUAGAAAUUAUAUUUAUCCUUGUGAAAUCGAGAUCUCCGUUUUAAGGGUCCGGGAGGAUAAGAACCUCGUGGAUCAAUAACCGAAGUCAUUACGCAUCGAAGCCACGUUCGUUUUGUUUUUCUUUAAUCUUCCAUCACUUGUUUCCUAGAAUCAUUUGCGUUCAAUUAAUGUAUAAGGCAAGUCGUGUGUUAAAUGAUUUAAGGAACUCCUUCAUCAAUUGUUCGAACUUGACCUCGUUUUACCCCGCCCUUUUUAAACAUCAGACUUUAAAAAAAUUGUUUCUCCCCCCCUCAAUGAUACCAGACAGUAUCGGUAAGAUCUACACAUCUGUUUAGGUGAUAGUUUUAUUAUAGUGAUCUGAACAAAAUUCCGAGUUGAAAUAGAGGGCAAAAAAAGAAAAAAGUUGUUGUUCAAGUGUUAAUGACAGGCAGCUGUUUUUUAUUUCUCUUGGGGAGGUCGUCCUUUAAAAGAAGUGUGGGGGGGGGGGUCAUUCUUUGGUCGUCCAAAUUGCAUACAUCCAUCCAUUUCUUUCUCACGUCCCUCCAAACUUGCAUCGCCUCAGAGGAGAAAUUGUUCAUUUUCCGGACAAUAGAUGGCGUGUUGAUAGCAGCCGGCUAAUCAAGAAAGGGAUCCAUACCAGAAUCGGCUGGAUCGGGAGGAGGAGCUUGCGGGUGUGGGGGCCUGGUGCGCUUGCGCUUUCUUUUCACCAGAUCGAAAGAAAGCCAACCCCAUCGCAACGCAGAGUCGUAGUAGAGUUGAAGGUGGCUGGUUUAGAAAAAAGAGACAUGUCCAAUUGAGUGUGCGGUGUACAGUGUUGUUUCGCCUUUGCUCUACGAUUUGAUUUUUGCCGCAAGUCUUUGAAAGUCUUUGAAACAUUUUGUCUUUUACUUCCCACCAUUCAAAUUUUGGAAUUAUUAGAAUUUUUUUUUUUUAUAGAUAAAAAUUGUUUUCGGCGUCCCUGCGUGUUGACGACACUUAAUUUAUUCACAAAAAAAAAAUAUUUUCGAUUUUUUUUUUGCGAUUUGAGAUUGUGGUGAAUUCUAAGAAAAACGUUCCUACUAUCGAUUGUGUUCGAGUCGUUCAUACAACAAAAGUGCGAGUUUGUUAGUUUUUUUUUUUUUUUUUCUGGAACAAAAAUCGAAACCCCACCAGCCGCCAAACUGUGGAGCGCCGGAGCAUUCUUCCUUCCUCCGCAAGGAGUCUACUAUCCGCACAUGGUGCAGGCCGGAUUGGCUCCGCCCUAUGCCCAGUACGGACAGGGCGGAGGUGAUGCAGCGGCGUUGGCUCAAGCGGCUGCCCAGGCGGCCGCCCAGGCAGCGGCGCAAGCGGCCAGCGUUGCCGUCCCGACCAGCGGACCCAACACGGUCGGCGUCGGAGGAGGCGGACCCAAUGGCGGCGCUAUCAAAUUGGAGAAGGACGGCGAUGCCAGCGGUGCUGGACCUAUGGCCAUGACCAUGGCCUCGACCAGUUCCAGCUCCUCUAAUACUUCAACGUCCACCAGCUGCGUCCUGUCGUCAGGCUCGGUGGGAGUGCCGUCGCUCGGCUCCCAGGCCGCCGUCGCCGCUGCGCUGGACAGCCUGUCCGGCGGAUCGGCCCUCAGUCUCGGAGGCAUCGAUCAAUCUUCGCUCGCCGCGGAAUUAAAUGCGGCGUUUGGAUUGAACUUGUCUCAUCAGCUGGGAGCCAGUCAACAACAACAACAGCAGCAACAGCAACAACAGGACGUGAUGGCAGGCAAUGAUGUCGGUGGCGAUCCUGGCGGUUGCGUUGCAGCCGCAGCGGCUGCCGCCCAGGCCGUGGCCGCCGCCACCAACACGGGCUGCUCGGUCUCAUCGAGCAACACGACACCGACAUCGGGAAUGAUCACAACCAUCGAUCUGUCGUCCGCCUCUUCGUCGGUCGGACUAGUUGGGCCCGGAGGCUCUGUCGUUGUUCAGACCAGCGGAGCCGGAAGCGUCGCCGGCGGAUCAUCGUCGCCAAAGGAAAUGCCCAAACGACUUCACGUCUCCAACAUCCCGUUCCGCUUCAGGGAUCCCGAUCUUCGUGCCAUGUUUGGGCAAUUUGGGCCCAUUUUGGACGUGGAAAUCAUCUUUAACGAGCGCGGAUCCAAGGGGUUCGGUUUUGUAACGUUCGCAAGUAGUGCUGAUGCGGACCGCGCACGAGAGAAGCUUCAUGGCACCGUGGUUGAGGGACGCAAAAUUGAGGUCAAUAAUGCCACCGCUCGAGUACAAACCAAAAAGCCCGCCACUCUUCCUACCGAUGAGCAGGAGUUCAAGUCAUCCCAGUUCCAUUUAGGAUUGGAAGCGGCGGCCGCUUUGCGCGGUGUCGCCCUACAGCGCGGACGUGUCCAGCGAGCCGCUGCCGCAGCUUCGGCCUAUCCGGCAGCUGCGGCUGCGGCUGCCGCCGCGGCCAUGGCUCGCCCUCAACUCACUGCCGCUUCUCUCCAGGGUGCGUACUACGACAAUCUGAUGGCCCAAGUUCAGGCGCAAGCGCAAGCCCAGGCCACCGACGCCUACAGACUUCAGCAGCAACUGGCAGCAGCAGCCGCCGCGGCCGCCGCUACUCAGCGACCGCCAACUCUCUCGCCGUCGCUUGCAUCCGUACUGUCACGCAACUCCCAGUCCACAACAUCGCAACAAAUUCAGGCGGGUUAUCUGAGUCAGGCCGCAGCUGCAGCCAAUUACACGGCAGCGGCCAAUGCGGCAGCACGAGCUUACGGCGCAGCAGCAGCCGCCCAACCUUCGACAAUGGCCGCCUACGCUGCCGUCCCCGCAAAUUACGGAGCUGAUCCUUAUUUGGGACACAGCAUCGGCCCGAUGCCCACGUAUGGAAUUAGCAAUUCGGCCGAAUUGCAAUCCGUCAAUAAAUUGGCCGCCAUGUACCGAAGUAGUUACAACAGAUUCACGCCCUAUUAAGACGAUCUUUGUCUCGUGGGAAGCGAAUGGAGGGCAAGAGAAAUCACACGUUUUCAAACAAAAAGAAAAAAAAAAACAAAAAAGAAAAAAAUUGAAAAACUAGCCCAUCGCCAUUUUGAUUUUGGUGCGUGGGAUUCAUUGGUGCGUGAGUGGUGUGACCAGUAGUCGUUUAUUUCUUCCCGUUCGGUCACACGAAACAGCGCCGCCACAAGAAAACAACAGACAAAACAUAACAAAAAAACCGAAACGCACAAACUGCUCCCACCCACAUUGUGGGGGGGGGGGGGAUUCGAAGAAUGACGACGACGACGAGACAAAAAGCCAAACAAGUAGAAGCUGCAAUUUUGAACUGUCUUCUUUCUGUUUCUCGAGAAGAAUGAAGAGCACAAAAAGUCGAGUGGUGUCGUCAGUCCUCGCUCCUCCUUCCUGUCCCCCGUUUGAAAUUCAAUUUUUGAAUUUCGGAUUUUUAUCAACAGUCAAAGUAAAUUGUGUUGGCCCCCUCUGCACCCUCUUAUUUCGAGGCUUCCAACAUCAAAACAAACGUAUACCAAAUAAGAGCCUAACGGACCUCGUUUUCCUCUUUCUCCCACUAUUUUUGAAUCUCUUUGAUGAAGCGAAAGAAACGGACUCGGAAUCGUUCGUCUCCCUCAUGUUUUUUUGUCAAUUUUUACUCAGAUGACGCCGUUGCCGUGCACAAGUUUCGAAGCAUCUUAGCAGUGAAGAACAUUAGCAGCCGCAAAACAAAAGAAGAAAUACUCUCGAGAGUGAUAUAUAACUAUUUAAAAAGAUGCGCACGUGUAUUUUUCCUUUGACACACACACUUCAACAUUGAAAACUCCUACUAGGUUGACUAGAAGAUUUCUAUUCAUUUUUUUUUUUUUUUUUUUUUUAUAUUUUAAAGGGGGGCAGAUUUCUGAAAUUAUAGCACAACACAAAAUGUACCGUUUUCUCCGGCUCAACGAGAAUUUUCUUUUAUUUUGUAACUUCAUUUUUUCGUUUGAUGAUGGGGCCCUCGCAGAAAGUUGACCCUCUGAUUUAAAAUUUUUUUUUUUUGUAUCGUUUAGCAGAAGAAACGCACUCAAAAAGACAGCGCAAUAUUUGAAAAAAAAAAUCUUAAACGAAUACUCAUCCUCUGUUCCUCCCCCUCCCCCCUGUUUGUUUUUCUGUCUUUAUUUUUGUUUUGAAAAAGAAAAAUCAAUUUUAUUUUUCGUCUUGCGUGUGUACCGCAGCUGGGUAUCACUUUACUCUAUUUCCUUUUGCUGCUACUUUUAUAUACUCAUCACUCAGCUAAUUUUCAAUUCAAAUUUUUUUUCUUUCUUUUUUUUUUUAAUUUUUUUUAUUCCGAAUUAAAAACAAAAAUCUAUGGCCUCUAUUUAAAUGGGGGGGCUCAUUAAAUUCAGAGCAGCAAAUUGUCUAUUGCAGUUUGAUUCCUCGAGCCCUUUUUUUUUUAUUAUUAUUAUUAAAGAAAAGCAGGACGGGAUUUAUUAUUUUUUUUUUCAAAAACAAAAAAAAAUGUUUGAAUUGUAGGCAUAGUUAAUAUUCAUUUUUUUUUCUUUCUUUCUUCCGCCUCAUUUAUGUGUUAGAAGAAGAAAAAAAAAAGGAGAACAACAAAAAAGAAGGAAUUUUGUUUUUUUUUUGCGGAGGGGUUUCUAUAAUUUUCCUUUGAGUAAAUCGCUAGUCGGUAUCCCUCUCUUGUCUCUUAUUUCUUAUAUGAGAAUUUCAUAUUCAUCUCUUUGAAAUCUUCUAUCUUUUUCCCAUGUUCUCUCUUUUUUUUUUUUUUUUUUAUUCAAAUAUUAUUUUGAUGUGUAUGUAUGCGUGUGUAUGUGUGUGGCUGUCUAUCAUAGUCCCGACCCUCGAAUGCUCCUCCUCAACAGGCCAGUUUUUACCAAACAUUAUUUUUAUUUUUAUUUUUUUUUUGGGUUUCAUGUCCCCUCAAUUUUUCAUUUCCUAGUUUUAAAACAAUUGAUUUCAGUCCUGAUUUUAUGCAACUUGAAAGAGAAUUGCCUCUCCCUAGUUUUUAUUUUUUGUGUUCCCCAUCCUUUCAUUGUCUUUCCGACAAAAAGAAAACCAAACAAAAAAGUCUUCUUAAACUAUGAUGAAAUUUACCCGAAUGUAUGACUGUUUUUUUUUUCCUCUAGGUGUGUAUGACUUUGUGUAUCGUUUCGAUAAGAAGAUGAUUUAAAAGGCAGAAGAAAAAAAAAAUGUACGAGAUAAGAAAACUCAA